GCCAUUUUGCCUCACUAUUUGUAAAUGCAACUCCAAUCAAGCAUAUAUAUUAAUUGUUCCUGUGCUUUUGUAGUGUUCAAUUUUUGUUUUGUUUGAAUGUGAUGAAAACAAAUAGAAAUCACAAGUUGAUACACCUUACACAGUAUUUCUCUUUUGUAAAGGAGAACUGUAAGUAAUCACUUACUACUUGCUUACUACUCUUAGAACUUCUUUUGGUUUCUCUUUAAACCUGAAUGCAUGUAAAAGCGAUGCACUUAGUAUUUCAUCUGCGGAAGUCAUAGCUUUGCCAGGGAUAAUAGGCUUUGGAAAAUUCAAGACAGCACUUUCAACUGUGUUUGUUUGAAGCUGGGCUUGUGGAAUCACAGAAUGGAUUGAGUUGGAAGGGACGUUAAAACUCAUCUGGUGCCAAUGCCCUGCCAUGGGCAGGCUGCCCAUGGUCUUAUCCAGCCUGACCUUGAAAGCCUUCAGGGAUAGGGCAUCCACAGCUUCUCUGGGCAGCCUGUGCCAGUGCCUCACCGCCCUCUGAGUGAAGCACUUUUGAUGGAAACCUCCUCGGUGUCUUGCUUGAAACUGCUGUGUGCUCACAAAUUCCCACCAAGUUCAGAGGAAGGAUGAGAGCUCAUUUUCUGGAGUCAGGUAGCUUUCCUUGAUAUAUCCAUGCUUUUUUUUUUAAUGUUCCUAAUAUUCGAUAUCCAGAUCAACAUCUUGUUGUGACACAUAUAUACAGCAAAAGAUUGAACAGAAUAUGCUGAGUGUAAAUCAUUUAUUUAAAAUAAUCAUUAAAGAUUAGAGAGUAAAGGAUUAUUGAUACAGAACCAAUAUAGUUUAUAAUGAAAAGAACCAUUCCAUUGUGACAUUUACUUUUGAAAGGAGAAGUGUUGUUUUUUCCUGAGGUUUGUACAGAUAAAUAAAUAUUUGUUUAAAAAAAAAACAUAUAACCUGAAUGUAGAAUUCAGUGACCUUUAUAAAUCACUCUGGACCAUUACCAGGCUCUAGAAUAAACUUGUCUCAAACCUUCAGGGAUUGCUCAUGACUUUAUUCAAGUCUGACAGUGAAUAAGUAGCUAUCCUUCUGGCUCCCAGUGUGAACGAAGUGCUCCAGCAUCCCACUUAGCAGAGGAUUACAAAAUAUGAUAGUGGCAUCUAUUCACUCACCGCCAGCAUUAACCUAACCUAAUUGCAUGGGUGAGUUCCAGCUUCCUCUGUGGGACAGACUUUUUUUUAAUAGUUAAGAUGCACAUUUGUCACCACAGGUGUCUGUACACAAGUAACUUUGUUCCUCUGAAGAAUAUAUGUAAGGGUUGAGGAGCAUAUUAACAGCAAAAUACAGUGCCAGCUUAAUUAUCCAAAAGCACAACAAGCUUUUGUGACCUUCUGCUGAGGUGUGUGUGGCCAGUGUACAUCUAACAGAGGGUGAUUUGAGACAUGUCCUUUCAGAGUGUGGUUUUGCCUUACCCUACUGUGCUGUAGAAUUUCAUGAUUCGUACAACUUUCCAUGAGUCAGUCAUGCCCAUAUGUGCGAGGAAACAGUUGCCAUCUGAGCUUGCUGUACUGUUUGUGGGCUGGAGAACCCAGAUAUCAUCUGUUAGGAUACUCUGCAAGCAAGAAGUGCUUGGAUUUGAUUUUGCCUGCAGCCUCUGAUACAUCCUGUUGAAAGGGGAGCAGUCUGGGUGUUUCUGAUGUUAGGCACUGAAAAAGUGACUGUGCUGUUAAUGCAGGGGCAGGUCUAAGUGCAGGUGAAGUACUUGAUCAAAAUUUAUAUUCGGUUGCCUGUAAACAUGUUCCUCAGGCAGUUUUCAAAGAUCAGAUAAUUCUUUUCAGGUAAUGUAAAAGCUAAAGCUGUCUGGUUUCACUGGGAUCAAAUAGUUAACAUAUAUCUUCAUUACAGUCUCUUACAGAAAAGAACUGAAGUUUGUUAGGAUGCUUUUUAACAGUAGAUUUAAAUUCCCCAUUAGCUGUAAUGCCAUUGAAACCUCUUUUAGGCCUUGAUUCAGCAAAAUGCUUAUAUAUAAGCACAUGUCAGUUACUCGUAUGUAAGCAUGCUUUGCUGAAUCUUAGAUAACAAAGAGAUUAAUUUAGGCAACAGCAUAUACCGUCCCUUCUGCUAAGUGUAAGAUUUUCAUUUUGGCAAGAGUUCAGUUGCAAAUUUUGCUGAAAAAUGUACGCCUGAAGAGCUCGUUGUCUAGUCUCUCUUGAUAGUAUUUUAGAGCAUGACAGGAUGUCUUGGAGGGUAAUUGCAAUAAUGCCAGAUCUCUUGUGUGCUAUAAGUGCAGGUGAUUGGUUGAAGGAAUUAAUGGGCUCUGUUUGAUACUUCUUGGAGAAAAUAACUUACCUGUCACCUCCAGGCUUCAGGGGGCACAACAGUGUUCAAGUCCCUGUUGCAUCCACAGCAUCUUUUCAGGCCGGCUGUAGGCACUACAGUAAAAUAAAUCUCUACUCUGAAGAAACAUCAAUUUGGUCAUUGUUUCUUUCAGAGUGGUAGAAGGUGGUAGGGAGUGAGCUUUGCAGAGUCUGGGGGAUUUGAAGUCUCCAGGCUCUAAAAGCUGAGAUGUAUUGUGCCAUGGAAAACAGGGACAUAUUCUGUUCUCGAUGAAGGGAAAUGUCUGAGCAUGCCAUUUGUCUUUAAUUUGCGCUUUUGCCACUGGUGUUAAGGCACAGGAAAUAACUGCAAGAUCAAUCAGAAGCCUAAAGCAAACUGUAUAAUCCCAAAGGUAUGCAGCUCAUUUCUUACCUAGUAGGUAUUGAUUAGUCUGGAGUACUCGGGGGUUUUCUACAGCCAUUUCAUUUCAAGGGAUGGAACAUAAAGGUAUCACAGUUCAGCUGCUUACUGACAGUGCUGCUGCUGCCUCAGUGCUAGCCUUUGUCCAGACUGUACAAAACUCAUUGGUACAAGCAUCUCUUAGAGAGAGAUCACAGUGAAAGCUGUCAGCACGUUGAUUCUAAAAGACCCAAGAGGGACAACUGUAGCAGUAGGUACUGUUGCCCUGGGGGUAUGAUGUGCCGUUCUGAAUUAGCCUCUGCCCUCCAACCGGUGUAAAAGGGGAAUCCAUUCAUAGCUGUAUUUGCAACUUGACUGUAGACUUGUAUUAUGUCUCAGAGGCAACAGCUGCUUUCUUAUUGAGGCCACUGAGUGCUGCUGUAUGUGGAUGCCUAUUAAUAGGAAGCUGGUUGUGUCCCUACUUGUACAAGUUCCUUGUGACAUUGGAAAAGUUCUUUUCCAUGUUUGCUGCCUCGAGUUGAACUUUUGUUUGCUCUUGGUGGUAGUAAGGCACAGAACAUCCUAAGGGAUGUUUCCCUUUGGGGAUGUUUCCCCUCAGCGUAUAUUUAUCAGCAGUUGAUGAGUUUUGGUGGUUAGAUGCUGUGCUGUGUUUUUAAUAGAAUAAAAUAAAAAUCCCGGUGGAAGGUUUGUUUCCAGUUCAUAUUUGUUCUGUCCCCACGUAUUUAUAAGUCUAGCAUGAGUCACUGCAUCCAAAUUGCACGUUGCCAAUGUUUGCUUCAGAAUCUUCAGUUAGAUUCCCUGUGAAAGUCAAAUUCAUGUAAAAUAAAAUUCAGUGUCAAGUCUGAGGUCUAUACUUUGUCCAUUUACUGUAGGGUUGGUAAUCGUGGUACAGAGUUAUGUGUGUGCAUGUUGUUGACUUUUAACUCCUUAGUGCUUUGUGGCUAAAUUUUAGGUGACUCAGUUUCAGUAUCUGUUCAUCUGACUACCACCAUUUUGUGCAACUGUUCUGAGUGCAGAGGAACGCAGUGAGAACACUGAAGGCAGAGAAGCUAAAGAAUACUACUUUGAGGGGUACGAAGCUGAACAGUGAAAGUCUGUUGGGUAGUUCACAUCAUUGCACGCUCUCCUCUGCAGUUUUUUAACCACGUACUGCCAUACCAGAGCAGACUGGAAUUUUGGGAUUUUUGGUCUGUAAUCCUGUCAGAGCCAUUGGUUAAUACCUGGUUCUUAGGGGAAGACAAGCUGGCGGAUGAUUCAGUACUGUGCAUGUGGGAACAUUCCUUGCCGACCCCUGUGGCCUGGAGCGUGAGAGCUGGAUGCCCCGAACUUGCAUAACUGCAGUUGUUACUCAUCCUCAACUCAGACCCCAUGUUCAGAUUGAAUUCAUGGCCACCUGAAUGUUUGGUGGCUUCCAAGCCAUAAAUGGAGCUGGCAGUAGGUCCUGAUUCUCUGUGUGCUAGGCAGUUAUUUUGAGGAAUGAUUCAUGGAAAAACCUAAGCACUUUAGAGGGGUGUAAGUUCAGUUAGGAAAAAGUACCAAAGGAUUUGUGUAGUAGUCUCUCCACGUCUGCAUAGGUAGCUAAGACUGUGGUUUGUGUAGAUGCGUAUUUGAGUUAACUUGCAACAUUGCUCCAGGAGUGUAGAAUUUUGCCUGAGUCAUUCUGUGACUUUGGGAAAAGCUACAGCUUGCACUUAGCUCUGUGCCUUCAGUUUUAACACCUAUCAAGAUGGACAAUUACAAGUUAUGUAAGGGAGAAGACUACGAGGAAAAGCGUUCUACAAUGUCAAUGGCAAGGUGUACUGUGAAGAAGACUUCCUAUAUUCGGGUUUCCAGCAAACAGCAGAUAAGUGCUUUGUUUGUGGACACCUCAUAAUGGAAAUGAUCUUACAGGCCCUUGGAAAGUCAUACCACCCUGGCUGCUUCCGCUGCGUGGUAUGUAACGAGUGUUUGGAUGGAGUCCCCUUCACUGUAGAUGUGGAGAACAAUAUUUACUGUGUCAAAGACUACCAUACGGUUUUUGCACCAAAAUGCGCUUCCUGUAACCAGCCGAUUCUUCCAGCACAGGGAUCUGAAGAAACCAUCCGAGUAGUGUCAAUGGACAAAGACUACCACGUGGAGUGCUAUCACUGUGAGGAUUGUGGCUUGCAGCUCAAUGAUGAGGAAGGCCAUCGUUGUUACCCAUUAGAGGGCCACUUGCUCUGUCACGGCUGUCAUAUCAGACGCCUUAAUAUUAAAUUGCCAUCACAUCCACCACCGAGCUAUCCAAUGCACGUUACAGAACUCUGAAAGACAUUUCCAUUGCCAGAAAGCUGUUUAAAAGAGAAGACAAAUUUAAAAGUGACUUUCCUGUUCCUUUAAAGAUGAUAUUCCAGUAAUAACCAUCUAAACCAGCUAUUUAUUUUUUAAAUCAGAGGUAAGGGGUUCUUUCUAAUCUUGUAUAUAUGUGUUCCUUUAUUUAGACAUUUUCACUGAGACACCGUCUACUUGAACAAAUAACGCGCCAUUAAGUCAUAACUGUAAGUGGCAGCAUUUUUAAAACCAGAGGUACAAAGGGCUGUUCUGCACUCCUUGCUUACAUUUCUUCAGUGGAGGUUUUGCCCAAGUAAGGAGUGCAGAAUGAAUUUCCAAAAUUGAGCACCUUUAUCCCAUUGCAGCAGGCAUGGUAAGAUAAAUGGUUUUCACUAGUUUCCUUGAAAUCUGGUCUUAGAGAAUACAAGUCUCACAUUUUAAAAAACUUACAUUCCCAGAAUUAGUGAAUAGGAAGCAAACGAGUGUUUUUACAAUGACAGUUUUCAGAUGGGUUAGAUAAUGGCAUUCUGUGAAGACACAUCAGGACAACUUUUCAACCUACAUGGUUCCGUAGUGAUCUAAAGACUAACUGUUAAAGAAAAAAUGUCAAGGGUCUCGUAAGAAAACACAUUACAGAAGAGUAUAUCCAAAAGAGCAGUACAGGCAGGGUUGUAAUAAUUGAAGGGAAGGUACUGAGCUCUGUAAUUGCUUGUUAUGUAUAAGUGUCGCCGUAGCUUCAAAAUGCAUUCAUAUGAAAGUGAUCAUUUGGCACUUAGUAAACAAUUCAUCUUUAAAUCUGUUUGGGUUUUUUUUGUUGUUGUUUAAUAGAGUUAGCAGCCCCUUUCUAUGCAAAGGUAAACUUGUCUUUAUACUACUUGUUUUAUGCAGGUUACCGUUUGUUCAUUUGUUACCAACUGCUUUAAGAUUAUAUGUUGAGACAUUAUUAAAAAGGAGGGGCUGUAGUUUUUUUAUUAUCUUUUCAGCUUUGUGUUCUUUUCUAGAUGUACUUUUCAACAGAUUACGGUGGUUAUCUUCAUUGGAAAAACAAAUACAGUUUAGCAGAAAUAAUGAUUUAGAGUCAAACAAUUGAAACAUUGAUAUUUUAUAGCAAGUAUUAGAUGUACAGAGAAUGUACACACUUUCAUGUUUUGCAUAAGCUGUUACAGUAACCUCAGAGCUCUGGGGAAAUGUAUGUCUUCCAUAUAGGAAGUUCGAUGAAUCUUUUUUUAUGGUUUUUCUACCAUGUGUUGAUGAUUUACAUGCAAAUCACACAUCUGUAUGGUUAAAAAAUUCCUUGCAUUCUCAUGAGAAUUUAUCCAGCCUUCCUGAAUUUAUAUUUUAAAUAAGUCCAUCAUUGCUGUCUUUGUAUCCAAAAUUACAAUAAAAUAAAACUCUUCUGCUCCACAGGAAGUGGAAAUACCAGACCAGAUUCUCGGCAUGUGUAAAUUGGGACACUUCAGUGCGAGUUCUCAACAUGCCGAGAAUCUGCCCGGCCCAUUCAGAAAUGAUCACGUUAAAUUCAGCAUGCAGACUGAUGAAAUGACUUAUUUGGUAACACCAUUGCAGUUUAGUUUCUUAUGCUCCAUUGAUUUUUUGAAAGCCAUUUGUGGUGCUCCUGAAAAAAGUACAAAGGGCAUCCAAUGGACACUAGUUCCUAAGUGGAAUAAUUAACUCCCUUAGCAGAAUUUUUUGACAGUCUGGAAUUUCCUUGGGGAGGUGGGGGAGAGCGAGGAGGCAGGAAAAAUUCUUGUGAACGGUUUUUUCUGUUAGUAAGGAACAAAAACUAUGUUUUCUGAACUUCUGCCAAGCUUCCUCUGGCCUAGAUGAACCUGUUCUAUUGAAUGCUCUUCAGCAAGUCAGCUACUCCUUUAAAAUGUAAUUUUCUAAUUAAUAUACAAGUUAGCGUGAGAGCCAUGUUUUGUAGGAAUUACUGGAUAACUAGUGCCCUGUUUCUGCUGUGUGAGCUAGGAAGCCCCCUUCACAGAAGGGUAGAGAUUGGCUGCGUACACACAUGAUGCCUUUGCAAGCAUUACCUCUGUGUCCAUAGUCACCAAACCAGCCUCAGAAGGAGGCAGAAGUACUGGUGCCUCUUGCCCAAACAGCAAAUUCUAAAAAAAAGAAAAAAAUGUCUUCAGUUGGGUUAAAUAACUAGGUAAAUUCCAUUAAGGUUACUACAAACAAUAGGAAAUGGAAGAUACAGCUUCAGGAUAAACUUUUAGCCUGAGCUGCAAUGUACUUUUCCAUUUAAGGAAGCUGCUUUGGCCCACAUCUAUCUUUGAGGUAUUUCUAAUUGCUUGUCUUUACAAUUACAUAUUAAAGAAUUCAAAUUAAGAAAACAAUCAUUAAAAUACAUAGACAAUGUUUGGGUCUGUACCUGUGAGCAAGUCAUCCCGUAGCAGUACGUGCUGUACACUGAUGCAAAACCUUAAAAACCACUGUGGCCAGAGGUGGAGGUGACUCUGGCAUUUAGCCUGGCCUUCUGCCAGUACCUUCCUCAGCACUUCCACCUCCAGACAGCAGCAAGGUUAAGUUUCCUGCUCAACAUUACUUUUCAAGGGUCAGCAUAUUAUCUAACAUGUACAUGUGAUACUUUUUUUUUUUAAUAAUGAUCAUACUUUAGAACAGAAUAAUAUUUAAUUUCACAUGUUAAUUUGUCUUGCUUGUAGUUCUACUCAGCUCCAAUGUGUUAAGUAUCCUCACAGUGCUAUACUGGAAGUUACAGUUUCAGUAUAGAGUAAGAAAAUUGUUUAAAAUCAGAAAGCAGCAGUUGUUCCAGCAUUUCCUACAGACAGGUGCAUUUUGGUUUUGGAUAAUAAAGUUUGCUUUUCCAGCAUUUAAUAUAAAAACUGGUGGUUGAGUGAAAUUUGGCAGUUUUCAAUCAAAGAACAGAGGAAAAAAAUAAAAGCCAGUCUGAAAUAAUGAUGUCUGCAUGCUGCAGUGCUAGUGACAGCUUCUGCACAUUUUACCUCCUGUCUGGGGAAUUAUGUAAAUGAGAAAACUUCAUUUAAUUAUUUUCUUAAGGAAUAUAUGCUUAAAUUAAAUCAGUUCAACACAGAUGUAAACUUUCUGGAGCUCAUUUUAUGACGUGGUUGUUCAUCAGAGGCCUUUUUACGUUCUGUACUGUCAGAAUAUUUCCAUAAAGUUAAAACAAUACCAACUUGUUCUCAUUUGCAUCAGGAAUGCACCUUACUGCUUUGGUAAGGUAGUCUUACCAAGUCCCUGCAGCACAGAGCAGUUCUAGGUGAUUCAGAGUCCCUCAUGCGCUGGAGGAAGCGUUCCAAAGAAAGGACCAAAAUAAUAACUGAAAAACAAAACAAAAGAAUGCACUCAGAUAAUUGAGCUUUCAGAAGGAGUUUGUUUGGGUUUCUUUCUAUUUCUUUUCACUUGUGUGCACGUGUGUGUGUAUGUAUAGUUUGUAAGGUGGAGCUUCAAAAGGAAAACAUGGUUAGAGGAGCUCUUUAAGACCAGAAAUUCCAGAGUAGUUAAGUAAACCAAAGCUCUAAAGGAGACAAAAGCUGCUUUCUUGUGUUUCAAGGAAAGUUUAAAAGUUUGUCAUUCAUCCUGUAACUAAUGCCGUAACUAGAGUGUAUAAUUUGACUUAAAUUAAGUUUUCAUUUGAGAAAUAUUUUCAUUUUCUUUAAAAGAAUAUAGUUUUCUUCCAAGAACUUGGACCAACAUUGAUUUUUAUUUUGUAGGAAAUAUAUAAAUUCCCUGUUUGUAUAUCAUGUAACUAGUUUACAUGUUGAAAAUAUACAUUAGUUUAACUAUUUUUGUAUAUAUCCUUGUAAAACUUUCAAAUGUGCUUCUGUCUUUUAGUCUUCAGAAUUACUUGUGGUUUUGUGUUUCAGUGUUUGAUUCCCUUGAUUGUUGAAGAAAAAUAAUUGGGAAAUGUAGAUUUAUUUAUCUAAAGAAGAAGCUUGCUAUCACCCUAAGUUAUUUAAUAUUAAAGUCAGACGUUUCAUUUAACCUUAGAUGCUAUAAUCUGCUUUUUUCAAUAAAGACAUUUUCUAGUUA